AGAAGAAAUAAGGCGGAAGAAAACUUAGUAGCGUAGAAGAAGAUGGCGGAGGCCUACUGGGAGCUAAGCGAGCACAGAAGAUAAGGCUAAUUAACAAAGCAUUUUUCAGCAAUGAGGUUAUGAACGUCUCUGUGUUUGGGACAGCACUUGCAAUGCAGCAACAUGUCAGAAUGAAAUACAGUGCUCGGAUACAGUGACACUGCCAACUGAAAAUAAUUCACAGACAUGCCGUGGUGCCAAAACAACAAGUGGAAAUAUCAUUUUUAAUCAGCUCAGGCUUUUUCACGCCAGGAGUCAAAGCCUAAACUUGUCAGGGUUUUUUUUCCUUUUCAAGUCAAACAAAGUUUUCUGUUGGUAAAUACAUUUUUAAGCCAGCCGUCUUCACUGAGACCAUGGUGGAUAAUCGUUAUGCCACAGCUCUGGUGAUCGGCUCGGUGCUGAGCCUGCUGGCCACAGUGUACCUCUCCGUGGCCGUAGGAACUCAACACUGGUACCAGUACAGCAGUCCACCGGUCAAACAUAAGGCCAGCAACGCCACCGAGCUCAAAGGGGAGUUUAUCAAUGGCGACUUCGAUGAGAUGAAAUACAGCGGCGCCAUGUUCCGCCUCAACGGCACUCUGGGAUUGUGGUGGAGGUGCAUCAUGGUGCCCGGUCAGUCCCACUGGUACGACGCACCAGACCCCAAGUUGGAGACCUGGUGUGUGAGCUUCACGCUUCCUCAGCAGUUCACCUCAAAGUACAGACACUCUGAAGACAACAACGAAGAAGAAGACCUGCUCAGAACAUACUUGUGGAGGUGCCAGUUUCUCCUGCCCUUGGUGUCACUGGCGCUGGUGUUCCUCAGCGUCCAUGUUGGGGUCUGUGCCUGCCUCUGCCGCACAUUCACCCCGAUCCUGGGUGUGGGAGUGCUCCAUCUGCUCGCAGGUCUGUGUUCUUUGGGCACCGUCUGCUGCUUCCUGGCUGGGGUGGAUUUGCUCCACCAGUAUUCCAGACCACCAGAAGGGGUAGAAGGCUCGUUGGGCUGGUCCCUCUACCUCGCCCUCAUCUCCUUCCCUCUGCAGAUGAUGGCAGCUGCUUUGUUCCUUUGGGCGGCCAGAAGUCACCGUAAGAAUUACACCCGCAUGACCGCUUACAGGGUAGCAUAAAACAGAGACUGCUCUGAUGACAAUAUACUUUAAAACAACCUAAGACUUUCUAAAACAUUAUGUGUGGUUAAGAGAGGAUGUAAAUAGAGUGAAAUGUGCUGGUGGUAACCUAUCAUGUCCUCUGUAAGAGUCUUUUAUUUGAUAAAACAUGAUUAUGUACAGACCUACAGGCAGGAAUACACUAAACAAAUUUGCAGCUAAUCCCCAGAAAUACUCAUAAAUAUGGGUUUAAUAACUUUGAGUUGUGUUAAUGCACCUUUGCUUUUCUUUUUUAAAAAAAAUGUAUAUGUAUCUUGCCCAAAGCAUGUUCUUACGUAAUGUAUUCAACAUCCAGCUGUCACAGGUGGUUUGUAAUUUCUGGUGUUAACUGUGUUUCUGUGCAGUAUUUUGUUGCCUUCUUUUUGGUUGCCACUGCUUCUAAAGCUGCUCACCACAUUGCCCUUAACUCAGUUCUUGACUCUCAACAUGCAGUCACAAAUCUCAGACCUGGACUUAUCCACGUCAAGGUAGCUUUCUCUCUUAAGUGCAUGAAAAGUAUUAAUCAUGCCUAUUUUUCUUAAGUGUUUCAUUUUGUUCUGCUUUUUUACAUAAUCUUAAAUACCAAGCCUUUUUGCUUUGCAUGCCUUUCAAGCUGACAUUUCUGUCACCUGUGGUAAUUGUUGAUUUCAGUCUGUGGUAUAUGCUGAUUAAAUGUCAUUAAAUGUCACCCGCUAAAAAAUGAAACCACUCAUUGUCACCUGUAUUUAUACAUCUAAUAUGUUAUCAUGAGAUUAAUUUGAAUGUUAAACUGAAUUGACCUGACGCCACAAACCUUACUACUGCCAUUUUACGAUUCUAAUGGAGAGAUGGAAAAGUUGUGGUUUUGCAGUCUGUUCUCCUUUCAGUUCCAGCAGUGACUGAUUUGUUAAGCUUUGCAUUAUUUAAGCCUUUCAGAUGUUUGCUGCUGACUCUGAACAAGUGAAUCUGCUAAAGCCUCAAGUGCAAAUCCUUGCGAAUCUUUUGUGUUCACACUGAACAGUAGUGUGGAAGAUACAUGAAUUUGCCACUUUUUAGUGUGAGCCAGAUUCCAAAAUUACUAAUUUCUUAGUACAAAAUACAAGUUGUGAUGUUUUUGUAUCACAAUGUUUUGUUACACAUUCGAUGUGUAUACACUGUGGCUUUUGUAAAUGUUUUUAUGCAUUCUGAAGCACACUGUACUUGUUUGUGUUUUAAUACAUUUGACAUUUGCAGACUGUUGGGGCAGUUUCCAUAAUAAAGUGAAUUCACAAAGACAAA